AUGCCACGAAAGUGCCACAAGUGUGUUACGACAAUGCCACGAGAGUUUUACGAGAGUGCCAAGAGAGUGCCACGAGAGUGCCACGAGAGUGCCACGAGAGUGCCACGAGAGUGCCACGAGAGUGCCACGAGAGUGCCACGAGAGUUCCACGAGAGUGCCACGAGAGUUCCACGAGAGUGCCACGAGAGUGCCACAAGUGUGUUACGACAAUGCCACAAGUGUGUUACGACAAUGCCACGAGAGUUCUACGAGAGUUCUACAAGAGUGCCACGAGAGUGCCACGAGAGUGCCACGACAGUGCCACGAGAGUGCCACGAGAGUGCCACGAGAGUGCCACGGGAGUGCCAAGAGAGUGCCACGAGAGUGCCACGAGAGUGCCACAAGUGUGUUACGACAAUGCCACGAGAGUUCUACGAGAGGUCUACAAGAGUGCCACGAGAGUUCUACAAGAGUGCCACGAGAGUUCCACGAGAGUGCCACGAGAGUGCCACGAGUGUGCCACGAGAGUGCCACGAGUGUGCCACGAGAGUGCCACGAGAGUUCCACGAGAGUGCCACGAGAGUUCCACGAGAGUUCCACGAGAGUGCCACGAGUGUGCCACGAGAGUGCCACGAGAGUUCCACGAGAGUGCAACGAGAGUGCCAUGAGUGUGCCACGAGAGUGCCACGAGAGUGCCACGAGAGUUCCACGAGAGUUCCACGAGAGUGCAACGAGAGUGCCAUGAGAGUGUCACGUGAGUGCCACGAGAGUGUCACGUGA